CUAAAGGGGGAAACCAUCAAGAAACUUAAUUUGCAAUGGAAGAGAACUUGCACACCAUCGGCUUCUUCUUUUUGAGAUUAUAUUGGUUCAAACGUUUUUGUACGAAACCGAUUAUUCCUGCAAUGGGCAAUGAAUUUAUGAAACUGCUGGUUUUGAACAAUAAAUAAUGGUAUCAUCUGCAUGUAAGAAAAUAAGACUGUCUGGAGAGUUUUUAGGCAUUAAUAUAAAUGGAAAAAAAGUAGUGGCCCCAAAGAAGAACCUUGGGGCACACCCCUUUCACAGAUGAAGUCAUUCUGGCUACGCUGGUAAGAAACGUAUCCAUUGUUGUCUCUGGUGACCUGGAGAUGGAACUCUAAUGGUGUUUUUUUUUUAAAGCUACUUGUUUUUAUUUUACUUUGUGCAGUGUCCUUGAGUGUCUUGAAAGGCACCCGUAAUUAAAAUGGUUUGUGUACAUAUUAACUAUUGAGGUGAACUUUGUAACUAGCAUUAUAGAGCUCAAUUGAUAAUGUAUAAUUAGUUCACUUUUAAAUUAUUCAGUUUGUGGGCAAGCAUAUCAAGUAGAUGUGGUUUCUUUUAACAGAAAUAGUUUGCUCAAUCGCAUUCACAAACAAACAUUUAUUUAAAGUGUUUAUUAAAAUACUCAAACAUGUGAAAUACAAAGGUUAUCUUGAAGAUAAGAAGUGCUUUAUCAAGUUGUAAAUGCCACGAAGGGGUUUCAAUCCAUGCACGGUGAAUCGAAAACAAAAUGAAGAGCCAUGUGCGUUUAGCAGGGGUAGUUGGAGUCGUCCUUGUUGUCGCAAUGUAUACCAUCCUUUCCUUCCUUUUUGCCAAGUGGGGAGACGGCCUGUCAGAGAAGGAGCAGAAAGAGGCGGAAUCCCUGUAUCAGAUUUAUGGCUACAACGUGUUCCUCAGUAACCGGUUACCACUUGACCGGAAGCUUCCAGACAUGAGAGACAGCAGAUGUCUGUCAGUGGCCUAUACCCAAGAUCUUCCCAGCAUCAGCGUGGUGCUCAUCUACUUAAAUGAAGCGCUUUCAGUCAUUAAAAGGGCAAUCAAGAGUGUCAUGUCAUACACUCCAAAGCACCUACUCAAGGAAAUAAUUAUUGUGGAUGACCACAGCACUUAUAAUGACCUUGGAAGGCCGUUACAAGGCUACAUCGAUGAAAUCCAUAAAGACAAGCCUGGGCUGAUAAAGAAAGUGUGGCAUCAUCGUCAAAUGGGCCUGUCACAGUCUCGGAUCUCAGGUUGGGAACAUGCGACGGCAGAUGUUGUGGCCAUUUUGGAUGCUCAUAUUGAAGUCGCAGAAGGCUGGGCAGAAACUCUGCUCGCUCGGAUCAAAGCGGACAGGACGGUGGUGGUGUCUCCUGUGUUCGACAAGAUCAAUUUUGAUGACCUCGGUGUGGAAAAGUACCUCCCCGCUGCGCAAGGCUUCGACUGGCCUCUGUGGUGCAUGUACGAGUCCUUCAGUGCAGAGUGGUGGAAGGGCAACGAUAACUCCCGACCUGGGAAGAGUCCUUCCCUGAUGGGAAUAUUCGCAGCACACCGAGAAUUUUUGGGAGAAAUCGGAGGGCUCGAUGGUGGAAUGACCAUUUACGGAGGUGAAAAUGUCGAGCUUGGGAUUCGUGCAAGUGUCCACCUAGUAUGAAUGCGUCAGAAAUUUGUAAAACAUUGGUGACUGUGAUCUCUGUGUCGUUAUGAUCAGAUUUGGCUACUGUGUGGAGGAAGCAUUGAGGUGGUGCCGUGCUCCAGGAUAGGUCACAUUGAACGGUCGCAUAAACCGUACGCACUUGACCUCAAUCCUAUGAUGAGGAGGAAUGCUCGUAGGGUGGCAGAAAUCUGGAUGGAUGAAUAUAAGAAGAAUGUGAUGAUCGCAUGGAACCUUCCGCUUCAGGAUCAUGGAAUUGAUAUUGGUGACGUCGCAGAGAGGAAGAAGCUCAGGGAAAGGUUACGGUGUAAACCAUUCAAGUGGUACCUUGAAAACGUGUAUCCAAGUCUGGCUACGUGGGAUGACCUGCUGGGUUAUGGAGUGAUGAGGAACAGCUCACUGAGGAACCUCUGUGUGGACCAAGGACCCGUACCAGGAAACAUCCCCAUGCUUUACGAAUGCCACUUCCAACAACCGCAGCACUGCUAUAUCAACCAAGAGGGGGAAAUCAUUGUUGGUGGCAUUAAAUCUCACAAAUACAACCAAAACCGAUGCUUGGUUGAUCCGGGCUCCAGCAACACCCCGACCCUGCUGGACUGUCACCUGGCAAAGCAAAACCAGAAACACAUGCACUGGGACUUCAAACAGGGCAAAGAAAUUCAAAACAAAGCAACUAAGAGAUGCUUUGAGAUCAGUCAGAGUGAAAAUUCAGACUACCAGUAUGCCCCCAUCAUUCAGCAGUGCACAGGACAGAGCUGGACCAUUGAGCACCUUAUUACGACUCUUUAGAUUGGUGGCACUGUUAAUCCAAAUUUUAGAUCUUGGAAUGUACUGACUUUUUUUCAAUGAAUAAAUUUGUGUAAUUCCAUAAAUGUUUCUGUUUGUCAUAUGGAUCGUAUCUUGCCAGGGAAUAAUGCUGUGUUUGUAAUCGUCUGGCAUCUGUGACCGUGUCAUGGAUUGUAGCCAACUAUUAUCCGAACCAUUUAUCCUCACGUGGGUUGCGGGCAUCCGAAACCUAUGCCGGGUGACUUCGGGCA